CGACCCCGAUUGGUACAUCUGACGUCGUCGGAUGGUGUAUCCAUCAAACCCAAGUCAUGACUUAACACUGUCAUCAUGACUUCUCAUCCUGGCCAAGCCAUAUACACUGUAUAUAAUGGCGGACAAUCAGAUAUCCGACCUUGCACCAUGUGUCGGCAUGCGUCGUCUCAGUGCCCAAGCUACAGCCACAGACCCGGAUGAGGGUAUCUUGUAGGAUUCUUCUCAAUACGAGGCUUAACAUUCUUUUCCUUGCGAGGAAAUCCCAAAGCCGCACAAUGUCGUCUCUCCUGGGGACCAACAAGUUCAAUCCAGACACGGAUAUUCCCGACUUGUCUGGCAAGAAUUACAUCGUCACUGGGGGUAGCGCUGGGAUAGGCUUUGGUAUUGCCGCCCACCUGCUGCAGAAUCAUGCCGGAAGCGUCACCAUCCUGUCCAACAAGGAGGAGCAUGCUCAUUCCGCACUUGAAGAGCUAAAGGAGUAUGGAGAUGCGAGCAAGGCUCAUUGGGUGAAGUGUGAUCUCGAGGACCUCAAGUUCACAGAGAAGGUUGCCAAUGAAUUGGCGGAUUCUCAGGAAAAGCUCCACGGCCUCAUCCUCAAUGCCGGCCUGGGUGUCGGAGUCUACAACGAGACCAAGGAUCAUCUCGAUUCACACUUCCAAGUCAACCACCUUUCGCAAUUCCUCCUGCUGCUGAAACUCCUUCCCCGGCUUCAAACCACUCCAGGAUCUCGUGUGGUCUUUGAGUCGUCAGAGCUGCACCGUGGUGCGGAAGCGAACGUGCAAUUCGAGAACGAAGCCGAGAUCAACCAGGACAUCGGACCUACUAAGCUCUACAACCGGACCAAGCUUGCUCAGAUCUUGACCACACGGGCUCUCCAGCGCCGGAUCGAUGGUGGCCAGUUGGGCUUCGGACCGGGUCAAAAUGUCUAUGUCAACGCGGUGCACCCGGGCGCCGUCGCGACCGACCAACCACUUCAAGCUGAAGAGGCGUACGGGAAGCUCGGUGUCGUCGGCCACAAGCUCGUGAGGCCUUUCAUGAGUGACCCGGUUGCGCAAGGCUGCCGGUCAGCGCUAUAUGCAGCGACGAGUCAGGAGAUCGAGGAGAAAGGUAUCACUGGGCAGUAUAUCGUGCCGGACAAGAAAGUGACCGAUCCAAGUGGUAAGGCCACAGACGAAGAGCUUGGUGAGCGCUUGUGGAGGCUGAGUGAGCAGUUACUCAAAGAGAGACUGGGCUGAACUUCUUGGUUU